CACACACUCCUCACUGAAGCUUUACCGCCGAGCUCAUAGCGAGGCUGUGUGGCCCUUCACAUGGAAAUGAAGAAGAUGAGAGAGAAUAUGGGCUGGUUGUACUACCAGUACCUGCUCAUCACAGGCAUCUAUGUGCUGGAGCCGUGGGAACAGUCCGUCUUCAACACAGUCCUCUUUACUAUGGUGGCCAUGGUCAUCUACACCUCCUAUGUGUUUGUGCCUGUUCACGUGCGUCUGGCGCUGGAGUUCUUCUCUGAGCUGGUCCGAGGACAGCCGGAGAGCACAGUGGCCCUCAUGAACUGAAGAUGGAGGAAAAACCUUUUUAUUGAUCUACGGGUCACUCUUGUUUAUUUUUCUACUCAGAAACAGACAAGCCAGAUUCAGCCAUGUUCAAGUCUUCCGUGUUGGAUUCCUGGAUUCCUGCCGCGUCAUGGGAAUUCUGUAGGCAAAAGUUUUGGAUGGAUCACUGCGUGAUUGCCAAUACUGAGGAUUUGCAUGAUAUCAUCACAGACACUUUGGCCUGUUGCUACUGUGCGAUUAACGUCCUCUUCAUCACUGGUUGAUAAUAAGGAAAUCAUUAUUUUGACUCUAUAUUAGGAGUCCCUGAUCGGACUGAGAUAUGAUGAUUAUUUGCUCCAGUGCAAAUGAAAACAUUUAAUUAUAACAACGUCCCAAAAAACAUUUAUUAUUGCAUAUUUUAUAUUCUGAAAGUUUUGUAAUCACCUAUGCAAUGUGACUGGUCUAAAUGAAGGUAUAUGCAGGUUUAUUUUUAAAUGCACUUGAUCACAAAUCAGUGGA